AUGAACGCCCAAGCGGUCUCGAAUUCGACAGAUGAGCCUUUCCUGCGAUACUGGGAAAAAAAGCAGGAUGGCCUGGUCCCCUCAGCUUGGUUUUCUCGCGCGUAUUUGCGGGCGCGCGCGGCGCUCGCGAGAAAGCGCCUCGAGGAGGCUUUCGUGGGCGGUGCCGAGAAAAAGGAAACAGAAGAUCUGCUCUCCGUUUCAGAAGACCGCGGGGAGGAACAGAAACGGGAGCAUGCAGGAGAGGCGACGCGGGGGACAAAGAAGGCCGCAGACGACGGCGGGAGAAACGGAAACGAGGGAAAAGGGCUGUCGAAGCCCUUGCGAGGCGUAUGCAUUGCACACUACAUGACAAAGAACAGGAUCGAGGAAGUGAUUCUUCGCCUCGCUGCGAGAGCCUCCGGAUACGUCCCCGUGACCAUAAACUGGGACGCCGACGGAAUCGACCGCGUGCUCUACAAAAUCCACUCUACUCAGUGCAAGGCCGUGAUUGUCGAUGAAGACGUUCCGGCCUCUUGCCGCACUCGCCUGGCCGAAGCAGCUGAAGGACAUUUCCACUACAUAAUACAUAAUAUAUAUACAUAUAUAUAUGCAUCACUGUGUUCGACCGCACAUUGCAGAGGGGUCAGAACGGUCACCCGCAGAAGCCGACGGAGAAUCCAAAGACGCGGUCUGCCUGAAAUAUGGAGACGUCUUGUCUCUCGUUUCGACAACUGCUGGAGCUGCGCGAUGACCUUCCUCUCACAGUACACAACGUCUUACUGGCGCGUCCUCGCUGAGAUCGCAGAAGCCGCACAGCAGGCGGCUGGGAUGUCAGGCGCGCCCGACCCUCUGAAGGGCGAUUUCCGAGUCGUCGUUCCUCUGGUCUCGCGCCACAUCGACUUCCUCCGCAAACUCGUGGACACCGCGAGCUUGCCGAACGGGAUGUCUGUGCAGCGGCUCUCACGGGCGUUGAAGCCCAAAGAAAUUGUCGUGUUGCUGGGAUCUGCGCCGGUCGGACCCACGACUGUCGAGGCCUUUCGUCGCCUUCUCGGAAAACUGCCGUCGAUUCGCUUCGGAUCAACGGAGACUUGUCUCCAAGUCAUGGGAACCCCCUUCUCCUUGACAGACGAAGAAAGGAUGAGAGCCUUGGAGAGAGGAUGGCAGCACACCUAUCGAGGAACGCCGCAACCAGGCUACUACAUUGGACGGCCUCAUCCCCCCAUGACAGAAGUCAAGAUCGUGAAGAGCACAGAUUCGAGCGAUGCCGAAUUCAUGGUCCCCUGCGAAGAAGGGGAGCCUGGAAUGUUGAUUUGUCGGGGGCGGAACUGCAUGCGCGGCUACACUCCUUCGACAGAGCCGUCGAGGAGCGUCUUCUCGUCGGACCACUGGUACUUGGGUUUAGGCGACGUCUGUUUCUUCCUCCGUCCUCUCGAGAAAGGGGACCAGGCAAGACACGGUGAGGAAGAGAGAGAAGAGCACGGAGAGGGGCGAGGAGGGAUCCGAGGGAGGGAAGCGCGACUGGAAGGAAGGCAGAGUUGUCAGGACAGCGAGGCGUGCACCGAUUAUUAUUGGGUGACGCGCUCCGCGGAUAUCGUUAUCAAGGGAGGGGCCAACUACUCAAGUGCACAAAUCAGCGAGGAUAUCAAGGAAUGCUUGCUGCGUCUCUACGAAGGAAAGCUGGCCGAAACGCACAUCUCAGUCGCAACAGUCGGCAUGAAGCUCAACAGUGAACACGAGGACAGCUGCUGCGUGACCGUCGAACUGACGCAGGGAAAACGUGGACUUGGCGAUCAAGAGAACACAGAGCAGGGAGAGAAAGAACAGGGAAACGAAGAGGACGCGUGGAAGGCACUGGUUUCCGACAUCCAGGAGAAUUUCCUUUCUCGGGUGCGCACGGACUCCUCUCUGCUGCCGAAAUCAAGCCUCCCUGACGUUCUGAGGAUUGGAACGAUCCCGAGAAAUUUCAAGGGUUUGCCAGACAGCGCAGCAUUGAAGAAAUGCUUUGCCGAGCAUCUGAAGAAGAACGACUGA